AUGGAGGCGGAGGGGAAUCCCAAACGACCCAGAGAGGAUGCGGAAGGAGAGGAGACAGGAGUAGACGAGCGCCACCGGCCGCAGAAGAAGCCCUCUUACCAGCGCCUACUCUCCCUGCUCCUCGAGGAGGCCGUCGACGGCGAAGGCGGCGAGGGGGAACUCUCCUCCCUCAUCUCCGCCCUCCAGCAUGAGCUCAGCCCGUCCCUCGACGCCCCAUCGGACGCCGGAGAAGAGGACGUGGAGGGAAUCAUGCGGCGGCUGGCCGAGGCCUCCGACGACGAGCUCGGCAUCCCACCGAGCGCCAGCUUCCGAGGGGCGGCGGCGGAGGAGCAACCAGUGUACGCCUCCGAGGAGUACGCCGGCGAAGGCGGUGUCGGAGACUUCUGCGUGUCGGUGGAUGACGCCGCCGCCGACCGCUACUGCGACGACCGUGGGUUUCAGCAGUCGGACCUCUUAGUAUGGCUUCAUCAAAUAGGGUAA